UCUGAGCUCACGAUCACCAUCGAGCUUCUUCUGGUUCUUAUCUUCACUAGCUUAUAACUUACUUCUGAUAGAAUCCAUUCGGCACUCUCCUGCCGUCGGCGACGUGAACAGACUCAGUGAAAGCGAGGCGUAAGAAGACCGUUCUGAAUUAAAUUAGCUGUAAAGAAAAUGUGAGAUGUCGGUUCUUCGCAAGUCGGAGGAGUAUUCGAGCUUCAGGAGCACAGUAUCUCGGAAGAAGAUCACUGUUGAUAGUGUGCGUGAGGAGGUCUGGUCGGUGUACGAUGCCGGCCCACGCUCCGUACGCUGCCCGCUGAUAUUCCUGCCGCCGGUGUCCUCCUAUUCGGAUAUCUUCUAUCUGCAGCUGAUCUCGCUGGCAUCACAUGGAUUCCGCGUGAUUGCCGUCGACUAUCCAGCUGUUUGGUCUCAUGAUGCAUGGUGCGAGAGCUUUCGCAAGCUGCUCGAUGCACUGCAGCUUGAUCGAGUACAUAUAUUUGGCUCGUCACUAGGCGGCUUCCUGGCAAUGAAGUUUGCUGAGUAUACGUGUGUCAACCAGCGUGUCCAGUCCAUACUGGUGUGCAAUGGAUUUGCAGACACGGCAGUCUUUGAGCGGUCGCGCUCUUCUUCAGCAUUCUGGGCAAUGCCAGCAUUCCUGCUCAAGAAGUGGGUCCUGUCACAUUUACCGACUGGACCAGCCGAGAGCUCCAUCGCCGACUCUGUCGACUUUGUUGUGGACCAGCUGGAAGGAAUGCCCCGCAAUGAGCUGGCAGCACGCCUAACACUCAACUGUCUAGCAGGAUAUGUGGAACCCCAGAAGCUAUCAUCAGUUGCCAUCACCAUCAUGGAUGUGUUUGAUGAUAGUGCAUUGAGUGUUGGUGUCAAGGAGGAGAUGUACAAGUGCUUUCCAGAAGCAAAGCGUGCACAUCUGAAGAAAGGUGGCAACUUUCCCUACCUCAGCUACAGUGCUGAAGUCAAUGUUUAUAUUCAGGUUCACUUGAAAGCGUUUGAGAAUGAUCGCUUCUCGGCAAAGGAGGACGACAUUGACGCCUCUGUGGCAGCUGCUGCUGGUGGUGGCGGUGCUAGUUAUGCGGCGGCUGCAGCAGCGGAAGAUUGAUGUGGCUCCUCUCCUCCAAUGUCGGAGCUUGUGUGUGUGCUACGGUUAGCGAGUGUCAUGCGUAAAAUCAUCUCGCUCAAUCUGCUCUUGCUCUCCAGUGUGCUGUCGGCAGCAUCCCUGUGGAGACCGAUGGGACUGCACUCCCUGAGCUGAAUUCCUGCUGAUGCCUUUAUAAGUUAAUUGUUCGCCGCUGAUUAGUCGUAUAAGUGCUGCUUCUGCCUGCACAACAUGUGAUAGCAACAGUCCGUUCCGCUCUGCUGGUGUGUGUGUGUAUGGUGUGUGUGUGUGUGUGUGUGUGUGUGUGUGUGUGUGUGUGUGUGUGUGUGUGUGUGUGUGUGUGUGUGUGUAUGGUGUGUGUGUGUGUGUAUGGUGUGUGUGUAUGGUGUGUGUGUGUGUGUAUGGUGUGCGUGUGUGUGUGUGUGUGUUCCUCGUCCAUCCCCGGCCGCUGACACACACACGCGCACUGCUGGUAGCAGUCUAGUCUAGUAGGACCCGCAAUGGACAGUGUAGUGUUGUUGCUAGUCACAAGUGACACACACACACACACACAUUGAGAUUACUCCACUAGAAGAACAGGAAAGCCUCGUCAUGGAUGAUGUCGUGGAUGAUGUCACAUGGAUGAGAUGAUGUCAGGGAUAAUGUCGUUACUUUGCUGCUUGUUACGUUCACUUCAUGCUGACGACUGAAUCAUAAAAUUGCCGUGCGCGCACACACAUCUGUAGCAAUUCUCUCUUGCAGAACUUGUGUUUCUUAUUACAAGUAAUCUGCUCUUUGGCUCUGUUCCAUAUGCUUCCGUAUCAUUCAAAAUGCUAUCAGCAUAAUUAUGCUGUUAUAUAUCCAGGACCCUCUCCGCAAAGAACCUUACUUUCUACCAAUAUUCUUAGGAUGUGUUUUUAAGUCCAUUCCCGUUCUGUUUGCUGUCUUCUGUAGUAUUUGCUGGCUAUGACUGCAGAUGUCAAGGCUUUGUGCCAGAUCGUUUCACUGUUUGAAUGAAAUCCCAUUCAUUGUGA